UGCAUGAGAAUCCUAGAGAGAGUGUGUGAUCGAGUGAGUGAGAGAGAAGAAAAGAAUGAGUGAAGGUGAACAAGCUCCUCCAAAGCUCUAUGCUAACAAGCCCCGAAAAGCGCAAUUGAAGCAGUUUCGGGGGCAACAUAAAUCUAACGAGUUCUCCUCGCCGGCGGCGAUGGGACACACCACUACUCCGCCGCCGCCCCCCAAGGAACCCUUUGUUCGGCGCUACAAAUUCCUUUGGCCUAUGCUUUUGGCCGUGAAUCUAGGUGUUGGAGCUUAUUUGUUUAUGAGGACAAACAAGAAAGAUACUGGUGAGAAGGAGCAAGAUUCAAGUCCCGUCUCAACUAAAGAUGUUACUGCUCAUGUUGCUGAGACGUCUGUGUCCUCACCAUCCAUUACAAAUCCUGUGAUCAAACGAGAACCAAUUCCAGAGGGCCAACAACGGGAACUCUUGAAGUGGAUAUUGGAAGAGAAGAGGAAGGUCAAACCAAGAGAUGCAGAGGAGAAACAAAAAAUUGAUGAAGAGAAAGCUCUGCUUAAAAAGAUUAUUCGGUCAAAAUCAAUUCCAAGUAUCUGAUGAUGUUCCUCUUUAUCAGCUGGAGCAAAAAAGAAAAAGAAAAGAAACAAAGAUCUUGAGUUCUAAUGUACUUGAAUUGAUUCAUCCAAUGUUUUUCUUUUGUUUAUUUGGUUUGUUCAUGAAUUUUAGAUUGUACAUUUGUUGAGAUUUUAGAGUUGAGGGUCCCCUGAUAUCCUAAUUUAUCAUUUGCAAAAUUUGAGCUAUGGCUCACUGGUUCUUUUUGGUCUGACUAUAUAUAGUACGAGAAGUUGAUGGCACUUGAU